UGCUCGUAGCGGCGGCCACGGAGCCCCCCAGCGGCUGAGGGGCUUCCUCCCACAGCUCGCCCGCUGGUGGCCGGGACCCAGGCAGCCUCCUGCGGCCGGAGAGCUGGGGGACCCCCCCCACCCCCUCUCCACUCCAACAACCACCACGACCACCGCCCAGGAUCCAGCGAACCCCCCAGGAAAGCGAGGGGCCUCUUCGGAUCGAACCCAGAGAGACUCCCCAGCGGGGACGAGCCAAGGCUUCCUCUUAUUUGGAAGAGAGCGACCCCCCUUCCCCGCCACGAAGACUCACCAUCUUCUAGCCGAACCCCCCUAAGACCCAGACCGCAGUGUGCCCCCGGCCCGGGAUUACGGGCACCCCCUCCCAAGGUACAGGUCAUUACAACUCCACACCUCAAGACACGGAGAUCCAGCUCAGAACGUCCCCAGAGCGGGGCACCCUGCCCCCCCAACUCCGGUACACAGAAAUCCCAGCUCUAGGGACCCAAGGACAGCCGGAGACACCCGUCACCAGCAGGCAGCUUUGGGGACCCGCUCCUCAAAGCUUCAGGCCCGGGGCGACCGAGCCCUUAGCUGUGCCCUUCGCAUCCCGGCCUAUGAUCGUGGCGCCCUGAGCCCACCCCGGGCCGGGCAGACGAAGACCGAGACGGCGCCCAGACCCCCUGCCGCGGCGUCCCCGCGGCCCCAGCCCAGGGAGAAGAUGAGCGUGGGCUGCCCAGAGCCUGAGCCAGCCCGCUCCCUGCCCUGCUGUGGGCCGGGGGCCGCCCCGGGAUCUGGGGCGGGUGUGCCCCUGCUCACUGAGGACAUGCAGGCACUGACCCUCCGCACGCUGGCCGCUAGCGACGUCACCAAGCACUAUGAACUCGUCCGGGAGCUGGGCAAAGGCACCUAUGGCAAGGUUGACCUGGUAGCCUACAAGGGUACAGGUACGAAAAUGGCGCUGAAGUUCGUGAACAAGAGCAAAACCAAGCUGAAGAACUUCCUGCGGGAGGUGAGCAUCACCAACAGCCUGUCUGCGAGCCCCUUCAUCAUCAAAGUCUUCGACGUGGUCUUCGAGACCGAGGACUGUUACGUCUUCGCCCAGGAGUACGCGCCCGCCGGGGACCUGUUUGACAUCAUCCCUCCCCAGGUGGGGCUCCCCGAGGACACGGUGAAGCGCUGUGUGCAGCAGCUGGGGCUGGCACUGGACUUCAUGCACGGGCGACAGCUGGUACACCGCGACAUCAAGCCCGAGAAUGUGCUGCUCUUCGACCGCGAGUGUCGCCGCGUGAAGCUGGCUGACUUCGGCAUGACGCGCCGCGUGGGCUGCCGCGUGAAGCGUGUGAGUGGCACGAUCCCCUACACGGCGCCCGAGGUGUGCCAGGCCGGCCGCGCCGACGGCUUCGCCGUGGACACAGGCGUGGACGUGUGGGCCUUCGGCGUGCUCAUCUUCUGCGUGCUCACGGGCAACUUCCCGUGGGAGGCGGCGUCGGGCGCCGACGCCUUCUUCGAGGAGUUCGUGCGCUGGCAGCGCGGCCGCCUGCCAGGGCUGCCAUCGCAGUGGCGGCGCUUCACCGAGCCUGCCCUGCGCAUGUUCCAGCGCCUGCUGGCUCUGGAGCCGGAGCGCCGAGGGCCGGCCAAGGAGGUCUUCCGCUUCCUCAAGCACGAGCUCACGUCGGAGCUGCGGCGCAGGCCCUCGCACCGCGCGCGCAAGCCGCCUGGAGACCGGCUGCCUGCCGGGCCGCUGCGCCUCGAGGCGCCCGGGCCGCUCAAGCGGACAGUGCUGACCGAAAGCGGCAGCGGUUCCCGGCCCGCACCCCCGGCCGUCGGGCCUGCACCUGUGCCCGUGCCGGUACCCGUGCCGGUGCCUGUGCCCGAGACCGGCUUGGCGCCCCCGGGGCCCUCCGGCAGGACCGAUGGCCGCCCGGACAAGAGCAAAGGGCAGGUGGUGCUGGCCACGGCCAUCGAAAUCUGCGUCUGAGCCGCCCUCGGGCCUGGGGCACCACGCACAGCCAGGUGAGGACGAGGGGAGGGAUGCGGGAGCCUCCCAGGACCCCCAUCCCCACCCCAAGCAACAAGCCGGUGCUGGUGUUGGCAGCAGGAGAUGGAGAAGAAGCCUCCGCAGCAGGUAGAGGGAAGCGGGCCGGCUGACCCCGGCCACCCACAGCAGCCUGGUGGUGACCAUGCCACCUCGUGGGGGCGACUGCUUGACCUGGAGGAGCCGAACCCUGCAGACCCGAGAGGAUUCCAGAGGCCCACACCCCACACCCACCCACCCGCACACACACUGGGAGCAACAGAGUGUGGGGGCUUCACCCCCUGACACCUCCAGCCCGGGAAUCCCGCCAAGUUCUGCUCCUGACUGUUGGCAUCCCCUUGGCAGAUCCACAUCUUCCCUCCACCCCCACCUCCCCCCCCACACACACACUCUUACCCCCACCUGGGGCCCUGGGCACAGAGAAGGACUGACGUUGGGCAAAGGAGGGGCUGCAGGCUGCUGGGCACUGGCUGGUGUGAGGACAUUGCGCUGAGACCCACCGCUUGCUGGGGAGGCUGGAGGGAGAAGCCAAGCCCCAGGAAAAUGUAGCAAAUGUCUGGGUGCGGAUGUAUGCUUGAGU